AUGGGCAUCAAAGGCAUCUAUCAAGAGAUCGGACCCGGCCGCCGCGUAGCACUCUCAAAGCUUGCCGUCGAGACGUUCGAGCAGACCGGACGCCCGCUGCGAAUAGCUAUUGACGUGUCGAUAUGGCUCUUUCAGAUCCAAGCCAGUGGCACGAAUCCAGCCCUGCGCACGUUUUAUUAUCGCCUCCUUCGCCUCAUCGCCCUGUCCAUACAUCCUGUCUUCGUAUUCGAUGGUCCAAACAAGCCCCCUUUCAAGCGCAACAAAAGAACCGGUGGACCUGGCGUGAGCGUCGCAUCUAUCCCGGAAUUCCUAGCGAAGCAGCUCCUCAAACAAUUUGGGUUUCCUUUACAUCUUGCGCCGGGCGAGGCGGAGGCAGAAUGCGCAUUGCUACAAAGAGAAGGCAUAGUAGACGCAGUGCUCAGUGAAGAUGUCGACACUCUUAUGUUUGGCAGCGGCGUGACAAUUAGGAAUUGGUCACCAGAGCAGAAGUCAAGCAAGACACCGACACAUGUGAAUGUGUACGAUGCAGUAGAGACAAAAAAUGGUCCUUCAGGGUUGGAUCGCGAGGGCAUGAUCUUGGUCGCCCUAAUGAGCGGUGGCGACUAUGUGCCGGAAGGAAUUCCUGGUUGCGGCCCUAAAAAAGCUUGCGAGGCAGCAAGAGCCGGAUUCGGGAGAGAUCUGUGUCGGUUGGCGAGGAAUGAUGCAAAGGGCUUGCGGCACUGGCGAGAGCGGCUGCAGCAUGAGAUCAAGACAAACGAGAGCAAGCUUUUCGCCCAGAAACGUCCAAGCCUGCUCAUUCCCGACGGCUUCCCUCGAACCGAUAUCCUUGGUUAUUAUACCCAUCCUGCCAUCUCGAAUCAAGCCGGCCUGGAUAGGCUCAGAAGCUCCCUGAAGUGGGACCAGGAUAUUGACCUCCCUGGCCUGCGUAGCUUUACAUACGAUGCAUUUGACUGGGCUAAGCUCGAAGGUGCAAAGCAUUUCGUCCGUAGCCUGGCUCCGUCAUUGCUCGUUCGUCACCUUCGGAUGAGGGGAGAGCAGACCGAGAGGUUUCCCUCCAAUAAUCUUCAAGCUAUUCAGCAGGAUGAAGCGCUUCUUGUCAAGGGUAUACACGGCAAGCGACAGCAUGCUGUUACAGACAGGACCUCUGAGCUCCGUGUGAGCUUCACACCAAUUGAGCUCGUUAAAAUCGACCUGAACGCCGAAGAACCAGAUGAUGAGGUGGAGAUUCCACCGGCAUCCGAGCCUGACCUGGAUGAGGAAAUACCAAUAGAAGUCGAUGAUGACGUAGACGGGCCUAGGAAGCGAGGCCCGACCAAGUUUGAUCCUCACAAGCCUGCACGAGUAUGGAUCCUCGAGACAUACGUGAAGGCCGGCGUGCCCCUCAAGGUUCAGGAUUGGGAGGCAGAACGGCAGAGACCACUGCGAUCGAAACGGACAGCUUCAGCAAAUGGUGGCAGCACAACAGCACCCGAACCGACCGGAGGAAGACGAACGAAGGUAGCGGACAGUGCUAAGCAAAUGUCUAUUCAGAAUUUUGCAAAGAUUACAAAACCUAGGACCAAAACUAUACAAGCAACUUCAAAGUCCCGGGACACUGUCGUGUCUCAGUCUGCAACGAAUACAAAAGACGUUACCGUCACCCUUCUUUCCUCUUCACCUGUGAGUUCGAGAGAAACCAACUCACCUCGACCCACCAGAGAGAAGUUGCUCUCGCCACUGGCAGAGCUACCGUCCAGGCUCACAGAAAGGAGACGAGGGCAAAUGCAGCGCGCACAUACCCUUCCCUCCAACCCUGCCACGGACAUUGACCGACCAGAAAGUCCAACGCCAGAAGUGAUAGAGACGUUGGAUCUAGUGGAUUUACACAUGACUGAGCCACCUUUGCAAGCUCCAGCCAAGAAACUUAGGAUGCAAGGACCAAAGAAACCCACAAUGUCUCGAGCUACACGCGCAGCAACCGUAGCACCAUCCGCGGGGAAGACGAAACAAUCGACGCUAGAUGGAUGGAGGUCACCGGCCAACUCACCCGUCAAACCCCGGAAGCGAACCCUUCCGCUGAGUACCACGCCGCGUCCACCGCACUUUAAGACGGUGGACGGAGACACAGAGACUCUUGAUCUCACGCUGUCCUCGCCCUUGGGUUUCUCUACAGGAUUGGCAACCGUCCCUCAAGAACCAAGGCAAGCUUCGAAUCGCCCGCCUUCCACAUCCCUAUCUUCCAACGCCUCGAACAUGCCCGAUGACUCAUCCUCCGACACCCCGGACACGUCCCCGAAAGCUGGAGCGAAACUCACGGUGGAAUCACGACGAACCUCUCCUCGGCUCCGAAAAACACAUUCAGCAUCGCCGGAGAUAGAGUGUCUAGACCUGACGGAGGUUUCAUCACCACCGCCUAUGAGUACUACUGCUUCGCCAGCUCCGCCCAAGAACCUCAAGUCAGCCCCUUGUCGAUCGCCUCGUGCGCACCCGAACACCUCAACGGAGCCAUAUGCACCAAAAAAGUCUCCCCCGGCAGCAUGGAAAGAAAAAGCUAAGAAAAAGCGUGAGGUAGUUCUGAGAAAGAGCCUAGCAGGCGCGUGGACUUUCGUUGAGGCACAGAGCCCCGCGAAGGCGGAAAUGCGUGAUAGGAACGUACCUAAAGGCAAGGAAAGGAGACGGUGGCGAGAGAGCGAGAUCGAAUUCCUCGAUCUGUGUUAG